UUAAACAUACAGAAUAUUCCAUGUGAAGUAACAGCAAGAUACCUCAGAAUUAUUACAAACUAUGAAGCUCCUGAAAAUGAAAAUUUCACAAUCACAGGUGCUAUACUUGAAAUAUGCGAAAUUCAAGUUUAUGGUGAUUGUAUGCCUGGACACUAUGGUCAAGCAUGUCAGCCUUGUAAUAAGAACUGUCAAUACGGCUCUUGUGAUGGAGGUGAUGGUCGAUGUAUCAGAGGAUGUGCUCCAGGAUAUUAUGGAUCUCACUGUAAUUGGAUCUGUAGUCAAAACUGUAAAAACAACGUCUGUGAUCAGACUAAUGGCACCUGUUCGUGCGUCCCUGGAUGGAAUCCACCACAUUGCGAUGGUUGUCUACCGGGAUACUUUGGCCCAGCAUGUCAGCCUUGUAGCAAGAUCUGUCGGGAGGGCUCUUGUGAUGGUGGUGAUGGUCGAUGUAUCAGAGGAUGUAGUCAAGGAUAUUAUGGAUCCUAUUGUAAUCGAAUGA